AUGCACACGCGCACUUGUCGCCUGCAAACGCUUGUGCCAAUAUUCGCAAUGCCUCUUGGUAGCUCACAGCCCCCUUUUUACAGCAAACUUGGCCCUUUUUCGAAGACUGGAGCUCGCCGACACCGGUGCUCGUACUGCCCAUCUGUUGCGUUUUACCGGGCUAGUUCGUCGCGAAGGGCUUACCUUUUCUUCUCUCUUUUUAUGAUUGUUGCUAUUUUCCUAGCCCCUUCUAAAAUAGGAGUUUCAGAAGGGCGGGCGGCUGUAGGCGCCCGACCGCUGUGUGGGCCGUCGUCAAUCAGGAAGACAUCGCCUGCAGGCAGCUAUCUCCUGGACAGAAGCGGACUGCGAGGAAGAAAGGAAAGGAACCAUUCUGCCUCUUUCUUGCUUCCUAUCUUUUCAAAGGACCCGAUAUGGUUAGAGCAGGAGGUGAAACCACUGAAUUUCAGUUUCAACAGCUUCCUUCCUGAGCGUGAACCACGGCACAGCUCAAGGCCUCACGUGUGGAGGCAUGACGGGUUUGGCGUCGCGGGUUGGCGACAGAGAGAACGAAGGAAAAACGUCUGUGGCAGCACAGGUCCUCUUGCGAGUGUGUUGGUAUGGAGGCCAGUUGUGAGAUUUCUUCAAGAAUCUUUGCAAACCUGGUUCCGCGCAAUGGCCUCGACACCGUCUCAGCUUGUCGCUAGUUUUGAUAGAGCACCACAAUCCCCGCUGCAAGAAAUGAUAAAAUCUUUGUCGUCGAGGACUGCAGCGGAAGUUGUGACAGAAUGUGCAGGGAGCGCUGCCGCAUUCUGGUGCACAUGUGCGUCCUCAGUUUUGCUCCAGAAAAGCUUAGGUAUCUCUUGUGCGUCGAAAUCGUGUAAGAUCUUCGGCAUCACCACAGUCUUCGUAGCCAGUAACGUCGCUGCAGCGGCAGCAGCAACGAUUCGCUGCGCGUUCCAACUUUGUGGAGUAACCCCGCCACGAGAUCAGCUGAACUUUGCAUCCGUGGGGAGGGCUGCAGUAGCCAAGUUGGGAUUCACUGCUGAUGCCCUUGCCAGCGGGAAGAAUGAGGUUUCGGCAGCCGUUCUACCAUCACCCAGCUUAAGAAACGGCUCGGAAAGGUUCAAGGAAUGGUCAGACUAUAUGUUGAAAGUUGGAUUGAAGGAAGGUCUUCUGGGAAGUACUAUCUUCUGGCUGCUGGGAGGGAGAUUUUUCCGACUCUCUCCUAGCUGCCUGCUAGCGCCUGGAGCCUUCCACCAGAGCCACCUGUCUCUCCGUGCUGGCAUCGACUAUGCGUCGGUUGAGGAGAGACGCUUCAUAAAGAAGCUUGGAGAGACGUUCGGAUGUCACACUUGUGGCAAGCGGCGAAACGUCGAAGAAUGGAUUGCCGAUCAUCAGCCACCAAAGCGAGUCGUCGUCAUGUUCAGCCAGACGUGGCUGGGUCACUUCUAUGGCAUGUUUAGCCGCGCAAUGGGGGGAACUCGGUACUUGCCUCAACGGUUUUAUCCCCAGUGUAGAGACUGCAGCAGCAAACAAGCCAGCGUCGUGAGGAAACCGAAACUUUCCCGCAGAGACCUUGUUGUCAACUACUGGAGUGUCCGACCCUACCAUUUCACUGGGGGUGUCGUCCACCUCCUGCGUUUUUUUGCUGGGUUGUGA